AGCUCCAUCAGAGCGGCAGCAGUGUGCGCGCACGGCACGCGUCGCAGCUCGCAAGAGGAAAAAAAGAGAAAGAAACCCCGGCAUGAGCUCUUCGCCUCCGGAUACCGCAUUUAUCCCGUGACAUCUCCUUCUUCUUUUUUUGCACCCGGGACAACCCGGACCGCCUUUUACAAAACUAACCGGCGGUCAGCUGGGAGAGAGCGCGUCGCCGUUAUACAAUCACCAACCAGCCUUACUUCUCUCUCUCUCUCUCUCUCUCUCUCUCUCUCUCUCUCUCUCUCUCUGUCUCUCGUGUGUGUGCGUGUAUGUGUGUGGGGACCUGUGUUAAAGUCUCCGGCAUCUUUACACGCCAAGACGUUUCCAUUCAAAAGAGAACACGUUUUUUCUUCGUGAUCGGCUUUGGUUUUGCGUUGGAAUGAACUCGCUCAGAAGCGCGGCUCUGCGUCUGGAUGGCUGAUUUACCGUCUCGAGUUCUCCGGUUACACGAGGAACAAUUCGCCGUGAUGCUCCGCAGCUCUGUCGCCGAGUCUUACAGCAAGUGAGCCGCGGGUGGCGCACCGGUUUGGGGGCAGAAAAGCCGACGGCCUAAGGAGGGGAAGAUGACAGCUUUAAUCCCAGCGCUGCUUCUUCUUCUCGCUAGCGUUUCUAUGACGUUGACUCUGAAGGUGGUGUCGAAGAGAGGCUCAGUGGAUGGCUGUACGGACUGGUCAGUGGACUAUCUAAAGUACCGGGUGCUACAUGGAGAGCCGGUGCGGAUCAAGUGUGCGCUGUUUUACGGCUACAUCCGGGCAAACUACUCACAGGCACAGAGCUCAGGUCUCAGUCUGAUGUGGUACCGCAGUUCGGGGCUCGGCCACGGAGACUUCGAGGAGCCCAUUUCAUUCAACGGCCUGCGCAUGAGCAAAGAGGAGGACGCCAUCUGGUUCAGACCUGCCGAACUGCAGGACGCCGGCCUCUACUCCUGUGUGCUGAGGAACUCAACGUUCUGCAUGAAGGUGUCCAUGAUUCUGCUGGUGGCUGAUAAUGACACAGCAGCCUGUUAUAACUCCAAACUGCGCUACAUGGAGAAGGCUGAACUGGGCAAGAGCAAAGACAUUUCCUGCCCCGAUAUCCAGGACUUCGUCCAGCCUGGCCAAGAGCCACAGAUAACGUGGUACAAGGAGUGCAGUGAGUGGCAGUGGAGGCCAAGUAUACUGCAGUCUGGAGACACUCUCUCAAUCCAGGAAGUUAUGGAGGAUGACAUUGGGAACUAUACUUGUGAGCUGCCCUUUGCAGGCUUCCUGGUGCGCCGGACAACUUACCUGAGCGUAACAGCCCCUCGGACUGAAGAUCCUCCGAAGAUCCUGUUCCCUUCUGAAAACAAACUCAUCACCAUAGACAUGCAGAUAGGAGCUUCGGUCAAUUUGACGUGCCGCGCAUUCUUCGGCUACAGCGGCGAUGUCAGCCCACUCGUGUACUGGAUGAAGGGUGAGAAGUUCAUCGAGGACAUGGACCAGAGUCGCAUCCGGGAGAGUGAUAUCAGGACCAUCAGAGAGCACCUAGGAGAACAGGAAAUGUCCAUCACAUUGACAAUAGAUUCGUUGGAAGAGGGAGAUCUGGGCAAUUACUCGUGUUAUGCUGAGAACGGGAAUGGAAGACGCCAAGCCAGCAUACAGAUCAGCAAACAAGUCGAGCUGAUGUAUACGAUGGAGCUGGCUGGAGGAUUAGGAGCCAUUUUGCUGCUGCUUGUUCUGCUGCUCUCUGUGUAUAAAUGCUACAGGAUCGAGUUGCUGCUCUGCUACAGACAUCACUUCGGAGGGGAGGACUCAGAUGGAGGUCAUAAGGAGUAUGAUGCGUACCUGUCCUACAGUAAAGUGGAGAUGGAUCAGUGGGGGCAGGAGCUUCAGGACGAAGAACGGUUUGCUCUAGAGAUCCUUCCUGAUGUUCUGGAGAAACACUAUGGCUACAAACUCUUCAUCCCAGACAGAGAUCUCAUCCCCACCAGCAGUCUCAGCAGUGAACAUUACCAGGAUGAGACUCAGCUUGUUAGAGCAUAUAUUGAGGAUGUGACUCGCUGUGUGGAGAUGAGCAAGCGCCUGAUCAUUGUGUUGACCCCUGGCUAUGUACUACGUCGUGGCUGGAGCAUUUUCGAAAUGGAGUCCCGCCUUCGCAGCUCUCUAGUGUCAGGCGAGAUCAAGGUGAUUCUGAUCGAAUGCGCCGAGCUGCGUGGUGUCAUCAACUACCAAGAGGUCGAGGAGCUAAAGCAGUCUAUCAAGUCUCUGACCGUGGUGCGCUGGAGUGGCCCGAGAAGCAACAAGCCCGGCUCACGUUUCUGGAAGCAGCUGCGUUAUGCCAUGCCCUGCCGCCGGCCACAGCCCAGUCUCAGGACCCCCGCAGUAGAUGCAGGAGAGCCAAACCCAUUCGCUCACCUCCACACCGUUUCAGCAAUCUCAGUGGCCACAGCAGCGUCGACAGCGGCGGCUCCAGCCCGUCCAGAGCUUCGGGCCGCACUGCGCAGCUCGUACCGAGCGCAUUCGCUGGCAAGGCAGAAACAUGCGCACUUCCGCAGCUAUGAAUACGAGCUGCCACUGGCAGCAGGAGGCACUCUGCCAGCACAACCCACCUACUGCAACCUGCCGCUUACGCUGCUUAACGGCCAGUGGCCCACCGCCAAGCGCCAGCAUAGCCUGGAUGAGCCACACGCCAACAACAAUGCCAUGCUGCCGCUGCUGCCCCGUGAAACUAGCAUCUCCAGUGUCAUCUGGUGAUGGAGAGGCAGCAAGGAUUAUCUGACUUCUGUAGAUGGGCUAAUCUGGAAUAAAACCUUUUAAGCUCAUAGGGAUGUAGGGAAGUCUGGCCAAACAUAGAUAUCUAUAUAUACAUAUAUAUAUAUAUAUAUAUAUAUACAGAACAGCCUUUGCUCUAAUCAAGCACCGUAGUCUUACCGUGUCCGGCUUUCGGUCCACUGGAUUUGCCUACUCAUACUAAGGCUACUCUGGAUGUAAAGCUCCACAGUAAUGGAUUAAUAAAAUAGUGCCAUAUCAACUUAGCGGGCCGUCUUUGAGUGAACUGAGACACACAGCCACACCACACGAAUGGAAACAGGGUCCUGCACAGACGUCUGCAGUUUACGCAUAGCAUCAUCAUUCUCCCGAUCUCUGUACACUUUGUGUCAUCACACUGCCUUUUUUUUCUGUUGCCAAAAGAUAUAUCAAUACUUUUGUUUAGUUGAUGCUCUUUUUAAUGUACUACUAGACUUAAUUUUUACUUACUUUCGGUUUGAAACAGUGUGAAGCCAUUGAAUUAGGGCUUGGCUAAAUGAGAUGUUUACCCUUUUGUUUUUACCGACAGUUUGUUCAACAUGUUGAUACAAGCGUCAGUUUCUGUUAGCUUCUGUAUGAUGUGUAUUUAUGAUUUUAAAUUGGACAAUUUGUGAGAGGGAAAAAAAAAUCACAGAGAAUUAUGCAAGGAGUGGAGCCCAUCCUCAAAUAAUAAAGGGUAUUUUAAGAAACAAGAAAUCUAUUUUUAUAAAUGGAACGCUGUUUCUCUCUAUAUAUAACAGCAUCACCAGGACAUGGGGUAAAAAGACUUGUGCAUUUUGGGUAUUUUAUACAUUUUGCUACUUUGGUUUUUGUUUGUACAACCUACAAUAAAAUAACUUGAUGUCCUCAACUUAAUUUAGGAAGUAAUAGUAUACUGCAUUUCCUAUAGUUGGGUAAAACCUAAUGAAAUACAAUGUUUGGCUUUUCUUUUCUUUCUUUUUUUUUUUUCUGAAUAACUCAAAGUCGAAUUUUAAAGGACUUAAAAAUCCUGUGUAAAAUCCAUAUGCAUAGAGGAUUGAUAUGUAUUAUGAUUUGGAUAUUUAUAUUACUAUGUAUUAUAAAAACACUACAGCCACUGAAAUGAAGUGUUUAUAUUUCUAAAGGCACAAUCAUUCCUGUUUCCAUUUUGUUUGUCACUGUGCAUUAAAAUCACCAACCUCUGUCAGUUUAUGUGUAGUAAAUGCUAAAGUCUACUCUGUGUGUGUGUGUGUGUGUGUGUGUGUGUGUGUGUGUGUGUGUGUGUGUGUGUGUGUGAGUGUGAGACUGUGUACCUCCCAGUGGAGAAUGUGUUCAAACAGCCUUCACUUUCAGUAGUUUGCUUGUAAUUUUAUUUUCUGUUUAUAUUUGCAAUGUAUGAUCCAUGGAGUAUGAAAAUAUAAGAGAUGACACAUAUAGUAAAUCAAAUACACAAACAUAGUAACAUAAAGUAAACGAAAAAGCACAUCAUAAGUAAGAUUCACAAUAGUUAUUAAAAAAUGUAAUGACAAAAAAUGUGAGGAACAUAAUUUUUUGUUUUGUUCAAUAAAAUGUAGCUUUAUUUAUAUAGUGCUUUUAACAAAGGACAUCAAAACAGCUUAACAAAGAUAAAGAGUUUAUGAAGUUGGAAUGAAUUUAGUGCCCUUAAGUUUGUUAAAUUUAUUGCCUUUGAGUUUGUUCCUUAUAAGUUUACCCCUAAUGAGUGAACCAGUGGUGACUAUGGCUAUGAAGAUCCUUGAGAAGAACCUGCUUGUGUCAUUAAGUUGCUCUUCCUUUAAAACAGAUGUUGACAGUCUCAGUUCUGCAAAGUCUUUUACAACUUUCAGUUCUAUUUCGCUUGUGUGCAGUUUUAUGGGAUUUUUGUUUGCUAGUUUUUGUUUCACUGUUCUGCUUUCAGUUACCUGCAGCAAAAAGAUCUGCUCUAAAAGCAAAACAUUAUGUCCUAAAAUGUAAGUGAUUCGCUUUAUAUGUAUAUUGUUGAUACAUAUAAAGCGAUUCAUUUACAUUUUAGGACAUAAUGUUUUGCUUAAGAUGUUUGAAAUAUAUUUCGGUUAAAAUACUUUCGACCUCCUUCUUUUGAAAUACAAUUAUAGAAUUUUGAAUGUAACAGUACAUCACAUCACUACUGACUUACAAAUGGAAUCUCCCUCAGAAACUUUAAAAAGAUCAGAGAGCCAAGUUGUUUAGUUUAUGACCUAGCUGAGAUAAAAUGGUAGUGUGUAUGGGUGUGUGUGCGUGUGUGAAACCAAACUUUCCAUUUCGGUUACUUAUACUGUUAAAA